AUGUUGGCGACUCACGCGCCGGUGACUCUGAUUCCAAGGAUAGCGAUUUCAAAGUUGACUGCUUUCGUACUCUCUCUAUCUACUACUACUACUACGACUCGAUCAAAAUCGUCCGGUUCUGUUCCCGGUUUAACCGAUUUCAAUCGUCGCCGGAGAUCUUAUCAUCGAGGAAUCACUUCCAUGGCUGGAGCAGGAUCGGCCUCCGUCGACUUAGCUGGCGAAUCGAACCCGGAGCACGUCACAGGGAAGUGGUUCUCGGUGCCGGAGCUCCGAUUGCGUGACCAUCGAUUCAUAGUCCCUCUUGAUUAUUCCAAAACAUCUCCCAAAAUCACCGUCUUCGCUCGAGAAGUCGUUGCGGUAGGGAAAGAGGAACAAGCAAUGCCGUAUCUGUUGUAUUUGCAGGGUGGUCCAGGAUUUGAAGGUCCAAGACCAAGUGAAGCUGGUGGAUGGAUACAAAGAGCUUGUGAAGAGUUUCGUGUUAUCUUACUUGAUCAAAGAGGAACAGGCUUGUCAACUCCUUUAACGUCUUCCUCUAUGCUUCAAUUCAAAUCAGCAAAGGAUCUAGCUGAUUACUUAGUUCAUUUUCGAGCGGAUAAUAUAGUGAAAGAUUCUGAGUUUAUUAGAGCUCGUCUUGUUCCUAAUGCUGAUCCUUGGACAAUUUUGGGUCAGAGUUUUGGUGGCUUCUGUGCACUUACAUAUUUGAGCUUUGCGCCGGAAGGACUCAAACAAGUGCUGAUAGCCGGAGGAAUCCCACCGAUUGGCAAAGCUUGCACAGCAGAUGAUGUGUAUGAAGCCGGUUAUGAACAAGUGAUUCGCCAAAACGAAAAAUACUACAAGAGAUUCCCUGAAGACGUUGAGAUUGUUCGUGACAUUGUAAAUUACUUGGCUGAAUCUGAAGGAGGCGGGGUAUCUCUUCCAUCAGGAGGCAUACUCACUCCUAAAGGUCUACAAACUCUUGGUCUUUCUGGUUUGGGAUCAAGUACUGGUUUUGAGCGUCUGCAUUACAUCUUGGAGAGAGUAUGGGAUCCUAUUUUAGUUAGUGGAGCACCAAAGCGUAUGAGCCAAUUCUUCCUAAACGCUUUUGAGACUUGGCAUUCUUUUGAGACAAACCCACUCUAUGCUCUUCUCCACGAGUCCAUAUACUGUGAGGGUGCUUCGUCAAGAUGGUCGGCUCAUAGAUUACGGGAAAGAUUUGAGUGUAAAUUCGAUGCAAUCAAGGCAGUCAAAGAAGGGAAAAAUGUACUCUUCACGGGAGAGAUGGUAUUUCCAUGGAUGUUUGAUGAGAUUCAUGCCUUGAAGCCGUUUAAAGCUGCUGCGGAUACCUUAGCCAAGAAAGAGGAUUGGCCUCCAUUGUAUGAUGUUACAACCUUGAAAACUAACAAGGUGCCUGUUGCUGCAGCGGUGUACUAUGAAGAUAUGUAUGUAAACUUCAAGCUAGUGAUGGAAACAGCUCCUAAGAUUUCGGGUAUUAGGCUCUGGGUGACGAAUGAGUAUAUGCACUCGGGUCUUCGUGACGCUGGAAGACAAGUUCUUGAUCAUUUGUUGGGAUUGAUCAAUGGGAAAAAGCCUCUCUUUUAA